AGAGGCCGGCCAGCGGCCAGCUGAAACGUUGUUCGUGGAGGGUGCUAUCGUGAGGAUUUAUAUGGAGAACUUCCUGGAAUUCAGAUCCUCUGGGGAGGCUUUUGGGUAUAUGGAGAUGAAAAGAGUAGAAGAAACAUCUGUGAACUUCCUUCCAUUAACUUAUCUUUGCAUCCAAAUUUACUCUUGCCAACUUAAAAGUAAGUUGCGUUGAAUUUAGUGUGGCUUACUUUUCGGUAAGUGGAUAUAUGUUACAGCCUUAGGUUAUAUUUUUAUUAUUUGUUUCAUCUAUAUACAGCCCCACAUCCAAAGCUCUUUGUGUAGGCUUACUUGACUGUGGACAGUGGCACUCGCUUCUGAGUAAACAUGUAUGUCGUUUAGGUGCAGGGCCUGAAUACAGUGAACCUUUCUAUGGGAGUAAAUUCUGCUGAAUAGAGGUUUAAUGGAGUAGGUUUGUGAAGAGAUGUGGCUGCACAUUUGCUGUCUUUAUGGCUAUGUCAUGGUCACAGCUACCUUUUCAAACAUUUAUAUGAACAGUGAUUGAUUGCUUUCCAGAAAGUGUAGAAUUCUAUAUUGGGUUGAUAAAGACUUUCGCUUGAAUCUCAUUUUAGUGCUACUUAAAGUAGAGUAGGAGAUGAAUAGGACUUAGCUUAGAAUUAACAUUAAAUGCAGUCUUUGCUCUUAAGAAAUUGGCUAGGUGGCCAUUCUAUUCCCUAGGCACAGGCUAUGUUACAGUUGAUGCAAAAUCCCAAUUGCUCCAGUGUCAACUCAGAGCUCUUAUGCAGCUUUUAAUAUAUACAAUCUAUUGGCAUGUAGCAUAUGGGAAUUGUAGGGCAAUCCUCAUUACAUGUCAGCAUGGAAAUAAGUCCUAUGAAUUUGGUGGAACCUACUCCCCGGUAGGUAGGUACAGAAUUGGUGUUGUAGUAGGCAAAGUAAGUAGUUCUGUAAAGUAGUGCAUGACUUAAAUAUCAUGAAUUUUAGCAAUUAGUUUAAAUUUUGAUUUAUUUUCAUCUUCAUAUGCUUCUUACUUUAUAAACAAUGUUUUAAUAAUAUCGCCUUACAGAACUUAUGAUAACUGUGAGAUAUAUCCAGGACCUCAUUUAAAUAUGAUAGUGGGAGCUAAUGGAACAGAUUGGUCACUAUGUGAAGCGGGGUUGUGCUAAAGGAGUAAUUGAAAUCGAGCUGUUUAAGAAUCCAGCCAAUCUUAUUAUCACACGAGAAAUGUCUGUGGCAAACAACCAGUCAUCUUGGUUUCUUAAUAGAAAAUCUUCUACUCUGAAAAUGGUAGAGGACCAAAUUUCAACCUUAAAUAUUCAAGUAGGCAACCUGUGCCAGUUUCUUCCACAGGACAAAGUUGGAGAAUUUGCAAAAUUAUCUAAGAUUGAGUUACUUGAAGCCACAGAGAAAUCAAUUGGCCCUCCAGAAAUGUACAAAUUUCAUUGUGACCUAAAAAACCUAAGGCACAGAGAGAGAGAGCUUGAGAAUUCAUGGAUAGAGGAAAAUAACAGCCUAGAGAAAAUGAAGCAAAAGAAUGAACGAUACAAGCAAGAUGUAGAGCGGUAUCAUGAACACAAGCGCCAUCUAGAUUUAAUUGCAAUGCUUGAGAGAAAAAGACCCUGGCUGGUAUAUGAAGAAGUUCGUAAGCAAUAUGAAACAGUGAAACAAAGUCGAGAUCAUCAGAAAGUGGAAUUAAGAGCAUUAAAAGAAAAACAGUCUCCCAUGGCAGAACGGAUCCAAGAGGCUGAGAACCAGUGUGUGAAUUUGGAUGCCAAAAUCAAAGAUAAAACUGCUGCUAUCAAAGAAGUAUCUCAGAAAUGUAAACAGCAACAGGAUGCUUUGGAAAGAAAAAACAAACAAAUUGAGGACCUUGAACUAGCAUUGAGAACGAAGAUAAACUCAGAAAAAGAUCGGCAGACACGAAUACAGAACACCCGUAAAAUGAUAGAAGAUUGGACUAAUGAGCUAAAAAAUACAGACAGUCCUGAAAAUUUUCAGCCUCAGAUUAAUUCUAUUAAUGCUGAGCUCAGACAGUUGGUGGAAGAGAAGGCAAAUAUAGAUAGUGAAUUAAAUGAGCUGCACAGGGAGAAGGAGAAGUUGCUGAAUGAUGGAAAAGGAGUGGCUGAUCGCAUUGUGCAAAUUGAAAAUAUGAUGAAUAUGAAAGAAGAGAAGCUCAAAGGGAGAUUCCAAGACACAUAUAAUGCUCUUCUGUGGCUCAGACAGAACAGAGACCGGUUUAAAAGAAGUGUCUGUGACCCUGUGAUGCUUUCAAUCAAUAUGAAAGAUCACAAGCAUGCUAAAUACGUAGAAAAUCACAUUUCGUCCAAUGACAUGAGGUCAUUUGUUUUUGAAAUCAGAGAGGACAUGGAAACCUUUCUCAGAGAGAUGCGUGAUAAACAAAAACUAAAAGUGAAUGCUGUGUGUGCACCUAAUGAGCCAUGGGCUGAAAACCGACCUUCAAAACCAAUUGAAGAGCUAUACCGAUAUGGAUUUUUUUCUUACUUGCGAGAAUUAUUUGAUGCUCCCCUCCCUGUGAUGAGUUACCUGUGCUGUCAGUAUCAUAUUCAUGAGGUCCCUGUGGGAACAGAGAAAACCAAAACUAUGAUUGAAAGGGUUAUAAAGGAAACCAAACUUCAACAAAUCUAUACAGCAGAAGAAAGAUAUAUGAUAAAAGUAUCCCCAUACACAAAUCAAAGUGUUUCUAGUAACUCAGCACUGAGGCCAGCACAGUUCCUUACUGUCACAGUGGAUGCAGAAGAAAGAAGGCAUUUGGAAAAUCAAAAUGAAGAAAUUAACAGGCAGCUGCAAUCUCUGAAUUCUCAUAUGGCUACACUAUACGAGAGACAGAAGUGGUUGGAACGCAAAGACAAUGAAUUGAGAAAACAGAAAAAGGACCUUCUGGACCGAAAUAACAAAAGGAAGCAGUUGGAAUCAAAAAUUAGCUUGAAAUAUGAAAGUUUAAGACAAAUGGAACAAGAUGCCAUCAACCUAGAAGAAGAGACUGAACAAGUAAAUGUUAAAAUAAAAAGAAUCAACACUGAGAAAGUAAAACUUGUAACAGAAUUUAUGGAAUUAAUAAAGAACUGCAAGACCCUGAACAUACACAAGACAAAAUUGGUUCUCCAACAUACAACAGCAGUUUUUCACAAGAGCAAACUUGAGACUGAAUAUAAGACUGCAACUGUACAAUUACAAGCUGUAAAGCAACAGUUUUUGGAGCUGGAAAAAAAGAGACAUCAUCUUCUGGAGAAAUGUAAGGAUUUAAUGAGGAAAGCUAGACAAGCUUGUAACCUUGAGCCAAAUCAAGACAUUCCAGAGGACUUCUACCAGGCAUUCCGGGAUCUUCCACAAACACUGGAUGAAAUUGAUGCUUUACUGAAUGAGGAGAAAUUAAGAGCUUCCUGCUUCACAGGUCUCAGUGCUUCAGUUGUAGAAGAAUGUGAUAAAAGGACACAAGAAAUAGCACAGAAGACAUUGGAGCUGGAGGAAAAGAAAAAAGAGUUGGACAAUUAUAAGCAAAACAUUUCAGAGGUUAAGGAAAGGUGGUUAAACCCUUUGAAACAGCUGGUUGACAAGAUUAAUGAGAAAUUCAGUAGCUUCUUUAGUUCCAUGCAGUGUGCAGGGGAAGUGGAUCUUUAUACAGAAAAGGAGGAAGAAUAUGACAAGUAUGGGAUUCGGAUUAGAGUCAAAUUCCGCAGCAGCACCGAACUUCAUGAACUGACUCCACACCAUCAGAGUGGAGGGGAGAGAAGUGUUUCAACUAUGUUGUACCUAAUGUCUUUGCAGGAACUCAACAGAUGCCCUUUCAGAGUAGUAGAUGAAAUAAAUCAGGGAAUGGACCCAGUUAAUGAAAGAAGAGUAUUUGAUGUAGUGGUAAAAACUGCCUGCAAAGCGAGCACUUCUCAGUAUUUCUUUAUAACACCAAAGCUACUGCAGAACUUAACUUACACGGAAAAAAUGACUGUGUUGCUGGUCUACAAUGGAUCUACUAUGCUAGAAUCAAGCAAGUGGGACUUAAAGGCUUUUCAUAGGAGACGGCGACGAUUUCAGACUUCAGUCAGUAACUAACUUCCUGAUGUCUAGUGCAAACUACAGAAGUCCAAAGAACUAAUUUUCUUUGUCUACUUAAUGACACAUCUCUUGAAGGGGCCAUUGAUAGCCUUUGUUUUAUGUAACUAUAGUAUGUACAUCACUUUUUAAAUAGUUGUUUUCCUUUGGAGGGCUGCAACACCAGUUCUGGGGGAAGAGAUUGGAAGAACUUACUCAUACCAGUUGUCACUGGGCUGGUGGGGGGGGGGGAGCGUGACUGUAAUGUUUCACAACCUUGGCACUUUGAUAUUUUAAAAUACUUUUUAUAUGUUUUGCAAAAGUUCCAAUGUGCUUUUUGUUUUCUUGGUGAACUGGUACAAGUUUCACCAUAUCUGUUCAGCAAAGAAGUUUUAACAGUUGUCAUUCCCCAUAGUUGUUAAUUGAAAAGGUUAUAUGCUGUUUAAAUAUCUGAAAUGUAAUUAAUAUGGGAUUGUGGAUUAUUGAAAAGUAUCCUCCCCAACUGCUGCUAAAGUACAAUUUUAAUUGUAAUCUAGAAGAAAAUAAUUUCAGACACUUGCCAAAGACAUAAAAAAUGCAAUACCUUUUUAUAUUCUUAAAAGAACUUGCUUGAUUAAUGUUUGCUAAUUUUAUACAUGUCAUUCUUAUAAGAUGGGCAUGUUUAAAUUUUAGCAUAUUCAAUUAACAUUUUGUUUUGAUUUUAGAAAAAAGAUGAAUCUGCUGAAAAAAUCUAGCACUUUUUGUAUAAUAAAUUUAUAUUGAAUUUUUUCCUGCAGUUCUUACCUAUGAUCAGAACAGGAAACUGACUACAUUUUUCCAAUAUAGGGAAAAUGCAGACAAAAAAUACUGUGAACUCAGACCAUAAACUUGAUGAGAAAGAUGGUCAGCUCUAACUUUCUGAGCAUGUUUUGGUCUACAGAUUAAUUCAUACAUGAAUUUUGUAUUUUCAAACUUACAUACAAAGCUUGUCUGGCACAGAGAUGAUGAUAGAUGGGAGGAAGAAGUUUAGGCCACAAUUGAAAAGGUGAGGGAUUUGUGAAGCCUCACUGGAUGCAGUAAUGCUUGCUUCUGAGUAAACAGGUUUUUAAAUUGAAAAUUUAAUACAGAAGUGCAAUAAACACAUAGGGGUGCAUUGCUCGUGUAUGUUCUACUAUAAAUAAUUACUUGACUCA